GAUUGCCAUGAGUUCCAGGCCAGCCUGAACUACAUAGCAAGACCUUGUGUCAAAAACAACAAAAAAGUGGGUCUUGGCUGAAGGAGUCCGACCACUGCCACCCUAGGCUGACCAGAGGCCGCUUUAAGCCUUGUCCUUUCCACUGCGCUUCUACACCUGCACACCUGCUAAAGAUGUAACAUCGUGGGUUAGUAAGGCCCAGUCGGCACAGCUGCACCCUGUGACUCCACCAGUCUUGCGCCCUGCUCCUGGCAGACAACCACCACACCCUGCAUUUCUCAACACUGAGCUCCAGAAGCUAGCCACAACUCCUUUUCUCUCAACGCUUCCCCUCACAGCCCCAUUUUGACCUUCUCUUCCACAGCUCUCCCACCCCCAUUUUUUUAUGCUCAGGACCCUAUAAAAAACCUCAUAUCCUGUGCUCAGGCCCUGGAUCUAGUCCCAUUGCUAGGGUGGUCCCUCUCAGUUUUGUUCUGAAAUAAUCCUGUCCUAUUGAGCUCAUACUUCUGUUUUCCUCCUUUUGUCCUAUAUUGGCCAAGGCACUGCUGAAAUCACAUGCCUAUAAUCCCAGGUACUUAGCAGGCUGAGGCUGGAGGAUCACAAGUUUAAGGCCAGUUAAUGAGCAAGUUAGUGAGCAAGUUAUGAGACCCUAUAUCUAAAUAAAAUAAAAAGAGCUAGGGAUGUAGCUUAGUGGUAGAGCAUCCCUCGGUUUAGUCCUCAGUACCAGGGGAGAUUUAAAAAGUGGGAAUUAAGGAACAGAACUUCAGUAAGAGAAAGGGACAGAAAGAUGAGGGGAAAAACCUCUAGGUUCAUACAAACGCUGUAGAGUAGUGAUGGUGAACCUUUUACGGACAAGUGCCAAACUUAAACCUGAAUACUGAGCUUUUGGUUUAGAAAAAGAACUCAUACAUUCACAUCUUUUCCCUUAAAAGAAGAACAACACUCAUGCCAUAGGUUCACCACCAGUACUAUACAGGCAUCCAUAUCCAUAGACUUGGAGAUGAAAAAUCAUCUUGUGUUUUAAAAGCCUAUAGAAUGUCAAAUGAAUACAAAAUUUUAAAACCGACACAAUAAAGUUUUAUGUGAGAAAACAUAAGAUUAAAACUAUGACAUUUCAGCUUUUGUCUCUCCUUUGUUUAGAGACAGCCAGGCAGAUGGUCCCUGCAAUAAAGGCUUGUUGUGGUCUGGUAUGGUCUUGGUUAUAGGCUCUUUUACCUGACACUAUAAACCCAUUGAUAUAAGAAGCAUAGCAAGCCCCAAGCAGAAGGAACAGGAAAAAACUAUCAAAGGGAGUUCACAAUCCAGGAGCUCAAAUCAGUAAUAAAAAAAAAAGACUUAAAAGCACUGAGAAAAACAUACAACAAACAUAGGAGGACAAAGAUAUGGAUAGUAGUGGCUUACUCAUCAGAGAAAAAUGGAGCAACAAUAGAAUGACACUGAAAGGGGAAAAAAGCAAUCAAUAAUUCAAUUCCCAAUAAACAUUAUUAAAAAAAAACAAAACUAUGACAUUUCAGAUUUUUUUUUUUUUUUUUUUGAGAUGGGGUCUUGGCCUGGAGCCCUCCAUCUUCCUCACUCAACAGAAGUAAUUGGGAUGCCAGGCGCGUGCCACCACUCCUGGUUUGGAAACAUUGUUUUAGUCCAAGUAAGGCAAAUUUUUUAAGGAUUAAGAUAAAUUUAUGGAAGAUUUUUUAAAUUAACCAUGUGAUCUAAAACAAAUGAAGCUGAACAUUGUGCUCAUCUCAAAAUAAACUGCAAUAUUCACAUUCCAAAAGUGUAUUUUUAAAAUACAUACAUAUAUACAGAUUUUAAUACAAUCAUCAAGAAACGGUUGAACUAAUCUAUAUUCUGCCAAUUGUUGAAGGAUUCUGAUUUAUCAGAUAGAGUGGAAACAACAUGAAAAAUAAAAAUGACUCAAGCAUUUCAAAAGCAGUUUAUUUCCACUCAGUUAAAUAUCUCCAGCCUCUGUUCCAAACAAAAUUAAAAAGCAACUCUCCAAAAGCCCACUGUGACAAUAUGCUGCUUGAACUCCCAUUGAUAAUCAAUAUUUACCUUUAGGAAGAAGUUCAGAGGUUGAAAGAAUUAUCUUAGGAAUUCAGCCACCAUUGGAAGGGAGGAUCAAGGAGUGUCUAUAGAGAAUUUGAAGUUUUAGAGGCCCACAAAGAUUGUUUCUCCCCACUCCCCACCCCCAAAGAACCUGAAUAAGUCUGAACUCAGCAGACAGACCUGGGCCAGAGGAAAAGAUAAUGGCUGAGUUCAUUGAGCACUUCAAAAAUGGGGUGGCAUCAUGUGAAUGACUUUACAAAAUUCAUUCAUUUAACCCUCACUUGUUAAGAAGUCCAUAGUAAUUUUCUGCUUGUUCUGUUGCCAGGUCUCUGGGGCAGGGCAGCUACUUUAUCAGCCCAGGUUCUCUGAGGCUAGGUAGCAGCAGAGCAAGAGAUCCAGCCCUAGGGUCUGGCCCCAGGGCCACCACUCUGGGACUGUGCCUUAGGCCUCAAUUCUGAGUCAACUGCAUACAAAGGGUACUGAUAAGGCGAAGGACCCGUCUUUAGCCAAACUGGAGCUCUUGAGGGCAGAGGUGUGCAAUGAAUAGUUAUCCUGGGAAAACAGGCCUAAACCAGAACAGCUUGGGACAAAUAGGGACAGAGAUAUGAUCCUCUUCCACCCUGAAGCCCUGUGAGUGGAAGAACACACCCGCUAAGAAUCUGAGGAAGAGAAGAAAGGGCCUGACGAGUGGGCUGUGAUAAAGACCAUUUGGGGAGUUUCCAGAGACAGAUAAAUCCGCCCAGGAUCCUGGGGAAGGGAAGGACACGGUGUCCGAGGCUUCGGGGAAGUUUUUCAGAGGUAGCUGUGAACAGCAGCCCAGGAGCUGGGAAGGACCAGAAAGUGGUGGAAAGGAGCAAGAAGGAAAUCAGUGGUGACUUACACACCAACAGCCUCGCUCGUGGUGCGCCUCAAGCCAAGCUGAAGAAGGGAGUGGGAGGCAAGGAAUACACAGAAAAAAAGAGUGAAACUCAUCAGAGUGAUUGGGUUUGGGGCUUACAUGGCUUUUUAAUAAAUAAAAGAAGGUUUGCAUUUGAAGAAAUGAUACAUUAUGGGUAGUGACUAAGAAAUGAACAGAGGAGUUAAUGAAGAGAAAGACCUAUCAUAUGAUCUGAAGACCCACCUGGUACACUAGAAGAAGCUAUCCAGGUUGGGCCAUCAUGACCCACCUGCUGGCCUCCGAAGUACAGCAGCUACUCCACAACAAGUUUGUGGUCAUCCUGGGAGACUCGGUGCAGAGGGCCGUGUACAAGGACCUGGUGCUUUUACUGCAGAAAGACUGCCUGCUCACUCCCAGGCAGCUCAAGGCCAGGGGGGAGAUGAGCUUCGAGCAGGACACACUGAUGAACGGAGGCCAGAAGGGCACCAUGCACAAUGGCACCCACUAUCGUGAGGUGCGCCAGUUCUGCUCAGACCACCACCUGGUGCGCUUCUACUUCCUCACCCGCGUGUACUCCAAGUACCUGGAAGCCAUCCUGAAGGAGCUGCAGGCUGGUGAGCACACCCCCGAUGUGGUCAUCAUGAACUCCUGCCUCUGGGACAUCUCCAGGUAUGGCCAAGGCUCCUGGAAGAGGUACUUGCAAAACCUGGAGACCCUGUUUGAGCGUCUGGGCCAGGUACUGCCAGAAUCUUGCCUCAUGGUGUGGAACACAGCCAUGCCUGUGGGCAACAAAAUCACUGCGAGCUUCCUCCCUCGCAAGUGCUGGCCCUGGCCAGUCCCCCUGAAAUACUUUGUCAUUGAAGCCAACUUUUACAGCUCUACCAAAGCUGCCAGCCAUGGCUUCGAUGUGCUAGAUUUGCAUUUCCACUUCCGUCGUGCCAUGGGGGGCCUGCAGAUGGAUGGGGUGCACUGGAAUGAGCACACCCACCGCCAGCUCUCCUGCCUACUCCUGGCCCACGUGGCCGAUGCCUGGGGCGUGGAGCUGCCCCUCAAGGCCCCACUAGAAUUGCUGAGCCAAGGUGACCCUGCCAGGGAACAGCCUGGCCGAGGCAUCAAGAGGCGGCCCCCUCCCUACCAAGAUCCAAGGGCCUCACCUCCGUCCCCACCUUGGCCCCGGCCCCUGCUAUGGUCCCCACCCUUUGCCUUGUCCCCACUCAGGCCCCAGCCGCCUCCACUCAUGCCCAGACCACCUCCUCUCAUUCCCCCUUAUCAGGGGACACCCGAGUUCCCACUCCAUCCCCAAGACCCCUAUUUUUCCUCAGACCACAUUUUCCAAUCAGAUCCAUCCUAUUUCCAUUCAGACACCCCCUCAGCUACCCAGCCAGGAUUUGCCUUUGAAAUGGACUUUAUGUUUGAUCCCCAGCCCCCUAUGUCCGGCUUCCCCUCACCCUGUUACCAGCAGCGGGACCCUGUGGUAUACAAAGGUUUCCCCAGGUGUCUAGUUCAAGGCCCCUAUAUGCCCUGGAGAGCACAGCACCCCUAUAUGCCUCGGAGAGGGCGAUCCAGACAAUCAAACAGAUGGGCCCGAGCCAAGGCCACCGUAGACUGACCUUGGCCUUUUUCUUCAUGAACACCACUGAGGUCUGUCUGGCUGUUUCCCUUGGCACAGCCUGCACACACUGACCCCACCAACUUAAGCCCGUACACCUCAUGCGUGGACCUCUUGCUCAUUACUGUUACCAAUAAAGGCCAGGAAGAGCAUCCUGGCCCAUUCUUGUUGCCUAUCCUGUCUACCCCCAGAGGUGACAAAGCCUUAUUCCUGCCUCCCGACUCCCUGUUCUCUUUGCUUUUUUGUAAAAGUAAAAUUGAAAUGCAGAAAUUGUUUCACAAAAGUAAUUGUGAGCUGUGUGUGUCCGUGAGUGUGAUAUUUAAUGGAUGCCUCGCUCUUUUCACAGUUAAACAGUUAGUAAGAGCAAGGACAGUAUCUGCUGAGUGAACAGCUAGGGCAUCUACUGGUAAACUAUUCAAAAUAGUUUGUCUCUCUUGAAGUUAAACUCUUGAAAAAAGUUUCCAUAAAUGAAUCUAAAGCAAAAGAAAUUUAACUUUUUGCGUUUCUAUUUUCCAGAGAUUCUCAAAGAAUCAUUGCAAUUUAGGGAUAAGAAAAUGAAAGAUAUAAACAACCAACACUUUCAAACAAGGAUACUGAAAGAUGAAUGACCCAUUCUAGGUCACACAGAAAACCAUUCCUUCACUAGUCUUUCCUAGGUUAGACUAGUUUCUGCUUCACGUUAAUUCUCAAACCUCCAGACUUACACCACAGCAAUAUCAAACCAAGAAGGGAAGCCUACCAAACAUGAUCUUAGCUGUGAAAAUGAUCCCCAAAACUCCAUAGCUCCAUACCUGGGGGUCUGUUGGAUAAAUGUGUGAUGAGUUAUGUUAUGAGUACGAGCUAGAGGGGAUGGUGUCCUUCUGUCUUAACUGAUUCCUUGCAUGGCCCUGAAUUUUUGACUCAA